CGGAGUCACGGGUCAGCUCUGCGAGCGCCCCUCGCUGGCCUGUUCGGCCCCGCCCCCUCCCCGGGCCAUGGCCCAGCCCUUGUCCCGGCCCCUUGUCCUAUCCCAAUCCCAGCCUUGGCCUCCGGCCCCGCCCUCGCCCCACUUCCCAAAUCUGCCCCAGCCGGGGCCUGGGUCCCUGCGAAUGCCCAGAUCCAGCUCCCAAUCCAGGCCCCCUCUUCAGUCCAGGUCGUUGGCCUGGCCCCCAUCUUCGCCUCAGUCCCUAUUCCACCCCCUGUCACAAAUCCCAGCUCAGCCUCUGUCCCCACCUCAUUCCCAGCUUUUGCUUAAACCCCUGGCCCAACCCCGACUCUGGCUCCAUUUCCCAUCGCAGAUCCUCUUUCCACCACACUCUCUGCCCUUGUUCAAGCCUCAGUGCUCAGCCCAGCCCAACCCAUUAUCUCAGCCUUUGCCCUCAUCUCUGUGUUUGCCCUCAACUCUUCCACUGGGCCCCCGGCUCUCUCAAACUCUGGCCCUCUCCCAGCCUCGACUCAGGUCUGGGCUCCAGCUGCCACCAGCCCUAUUGCUGCUGUUGCUGUUCUCUGUCCUUGGCCCAGGGGCUGCAGGCCUUUUCCUGACUGAUUACUCUACCUGCUCACCCCGCAAGCUGAGCCCUUUCUGCUCCUUUGCCAGCACAGAGCUCUUUCACUUCCAUGUUCCAGAGGACACAUUCCUGGCUGUGUGGAACCUCAUCAUCUUCAAGGAGCAGGGGGGAACCUUUGGAGACCACUGCCCAGACCAAAGUGUGACUGUGUAUUUCCGGUCUGGGGCACCUCCUGUCAUCAAUCCACUGCACACACACUUCCCGGGGGACACAGCUGUGCCUGGGGUUUUCUCACUGACCCUCAGUUGGACACUGCCUAAUCGUACCUCAGGCAUCUUUAAUGUCAGCAGCCCCUUGCCAGGAGACUGGUUCUUGGCUGCUCACCUUCCUCAGGCUCACGGCCACAUCUCUGUCAAGGGUCUCCAGGAUGAAUGUCAGUACCUCCUUCAGCCACAGCUGAUUGUCCGCCGUUUGCUGGAUGUGGCUGUGCUGGUUCCUGGCCGUCCUUCAGAGCAAACCCUCUCUCCCCACAAUCAUUCAGCCCUGUACAAGGUCUUUGUGCCCAGCUUCACUUACAGGGUUUCCGCGCAGCUGGUGUGUGUGGGGGGCCGAGGGGUGUCUGCCUGCCCCCUGACACUGCGCCUACGUCCCAAGGCCCCACCCCUGCACAACUCAAGCUCUGUGGCCUGCGGAGGCACCUCGAUAUGCCAGCUGGAGCUGGCCCUGCCGCCCUGGGGGCACUGGGUCUACGUGCGAGUGGAGACACCAUCCCGGGGCCCUAGCAGGACCAUCCGCUUCCAGCUAUGUGUGCGAUUGCAAGAAUGCCCACAGCCCAGUCUUUCCCGUGCCCUGGUCCCUGGAGCUGCCAUGAACAUGCCCCAGUCACUGGGGAACCAACCACUGCCCCCAGAGCCACCAUCCCUGGGGACCUCUGUGGAGGCACCUGGGGCCACAUCUCCACCUGAGCACUGUUGGCCAGUGCGCCCGACUCUGCGCAAUGAACUGGACACCUUCUCUGUCCACUUCUACAUCUUCUUUGGCCCAAGUGUGGCCCUUCCUCCUGAGCGCCCAGCUGUGUUUGCCCUGAGGCUGUUGCCAGUACUGGACAGUGGAGGCGUCCUCAGCCUGGAGCUCCAGCUCAAUGUGAGCUCCCUGCACCAAGAAAAUGUGACAGUUUUCGGAUGCCUGACUCACGAGGUGCCCUUGAGCCUGGGGGAUGCAGCGGUGACCUGUUCCAAAGAGUCGCUGGCAGGCUUCCUCCUCUCAGUCAGCGCCACCUCCAGAGUGGCGAGGCUGCGAAUUCCCUUCCCGCAGACGGGGACUUGGUUCCUGACUCUCCGCUCCCUGUGUGGGGUGGGGCCUCGGUUCGUGCGGUGCCGCAACGCGACUGCCGAAGUGCGACUGCGCACCUUCCUGUCCCCAUGCGUGGACGACUGUGGGCCGUAUGGCCAAUGCAAGCUGCUGCGCACGCACAACUACCUAUAUGCGGCCUGCGAGUGCAAGGCUGGGUGGCGGGGCUGGGGCUGCACCGACAGUGCCGAUGCGCUUACCUAUGGCUUCCAGCUGCUGUCCACACUCUUGCUCUGCCUGAGCAACCUCAUGUUUUUGCCACCUGUGGUCCUGGCCAUUCGGAGCCGCUAUGUGCUGGAAGCUGCUGUCUACACUUUCACCAUGUUCUUCUCCACGUUCUAUCAUGCCUGUGACCAGCCAGGCAUUGUGGUUUUCUGCAUCAUGGACUACGAUGUGCUGCAGUUCUGUGAUUUCCUGGGCUCAUUAAUGUCCGUGUGGGUCACUGUCAUUGCCAUGGCUCGUUUACAGCCCGUGGUCAAGCAGGUGCUGUAUUUGCUGGGAGCUAUGCUGCUGUCCAUGGCUCUGCAGCUUGAUCGGCAUGGACUCUGGAACCUGCUUGGACCCAGUCUCUUCGCCCUGGGGAUCUUGGCCACAGCCUGGACAGUACGCACUGUCCGCCGUCGGCACUGCUACCCACCCACAUGGCGCCGCUGGCUUUUCUACCUGUGUCCAGGCAGCCUUAUUGCGGGCAGUGCCGUCCUACUCUAUGCUUUUGUGGAGACCCAGGACAACUACUUCUACAUCCAUAGCAUUUGGCAUAUGCUCAUCGCCGGCAGUGUGGGCUUCUUGCUGCCUCCUCGUGCCAAGACUGACCACCGGGUCCCGUCUGGAACCCGGGCCCGGGCCUGCGGUUACCAGCUGUGCAUCAAUGAGCAGGAGGAGCUGGGCCUUGUGGGCCCAGGAGGAACCACUGUCAGCAGCAUCUGUGCCAGCUGAGAAGGGCUUUGGCCCAGGACCCGGGGAGAUAAACCCUUUGUAGGGUUCUUCCUGGGGGUGAGAAGCCUUCCUGGGGACAAGAGACAAGCUAUAUUUCUUGAGGACUUAGAGUUUUUCUCAAGGACAUUGAAUUCUUCCAGGGACCUGGAGCCUUUCCCAGAACAUGGGAAACUUUCUGUGUUCAUGGAAUCCUUCUUAAGGACUGGAAGGAACUACGCAUGGCACAGAGCCCCCUCAGGACCUUCUGGGGCAUGGAGUCUUUCCCAGUUAUGUGGAACCAUCCUACAGACAUGAAAUACUUCCCAGGGAGACAAAGCCUUGUCAGGAACAUGGCAUCAUUCCAGAGGAAAUGGAGUCUAUCUUGGAGAAAUUGAGUCUUGAGAUUUUCCUAGAGACUCAGCAACUCUGGCCUCAGGCUUCCUUCCUAGAGGCAGUAUCUGGGCUGUUCUGUGCUGGCCAUGGAGGAUUUCAGGACAGAUGGAGUUGAAACUGGGGCUUGGUGGCUGGUAUCCCGAGUUGGUACAGGCAGAGUCUGGUGUGUCUCCAAUGAAAUAUGUGCUGAUUC